GGAUGAGGUUUGAAAAUGGGCCAGUCAUAUUCACAGCUCUUUCACCAGAACCUAGAAGUCUACUAUGCAACUGCAUACUGGAUGCCUGCUGAAAAGACAGUGCAAGUCAAAAACGUACUGGACAGGAAUGGGGAUGCCUAUGGCUUUUACAAUGACUCUAUGCAAACCACAGGCUGGGGCAUCCUGGAGAUCAGAGCGGGGUAUGGGUCUCAGACUCUGAGCAAUGACAUCACCAUGUUUGUGGCUGGCUUUUUGGAGGGUUACCUCACUGCCCCACACAUGUAUGACCACUUCGUUAACCUCUACCCACAGCUGAUUAAGAAACCUUCCAUCGUGGAUAAAGUGCAAGAUUUUAUGGAGAAGCAGGAUCAGUGGACCCGGAAAAACAUCAAAGAUUACAAGGAUGACCCGUUUUGGAGACAUACAGGCUAUGUUAUGACACAAAUGGAUGGGCUGUAUGUAGGAGCAAUGAAGAGGGCUGUGUUAGAAAAGACAAAGCCCAUGACCCUGUUCCAGAUUCAGUUCCUGAAUGCCAUCGGAGAUCUGUUGGAUCUGAUUCCCUCGGUUUCCCCCACAAAAAAUUCCAGCCUGAAGGUUUUUAAGAGAUGGGACAUGGGACACUGCUCUGCUCUUAUUAAGGUUCUUCCUGGAUUUGAGAACAUCUUUUUUGCUCACUCAAGCUGGUACACAUACGCAGCCAUGCUCAGGAUAUAUAAACACUGGGACUUCAACAUCAAAGAUAAAGACACCAGCAGUAGUCGCCUCUCUUUCAGCAGUUACCCAGGGUUUUUGGAGUCUCUGGAUGACUUUUACAUUCUUAGCAGUGGUCUGAUAUUGCUACAGACCACAAACAGCGUGUAUAAUAAGACCCUACUAAAGCUCGUGGUACCCCAGUCCCUCCUCGCGUGGCAAAGAGUCCGUGUGGCCAAUAUGAUGGCAAAUGAUGGCAGGCAGUGGGCAGAGGUCUUCUCAAACUUCAACUCUGGCACCUAUAACAAUCAGUACAUGGUUCUGGACCUGAAGAAGGUAAAGCCGAAGCAUAGCCUUGACACAGGCACUCUGUACAUUGUGGAGCAAAUUCCUACAUACGUAGAAUAUUCCGACCAGACGGAGGUGCUACGGAAAGGAUACUGGCCCUCCUACAACAUUCCUUUCCAUGAAAAAAUCUACAGAUGGAGUGGCUAUCCAAUGUUAGUUCAGAAGCUGGGUUUGGAGUACUCCUAUGAUAUGGCUUCAAGAGCCAAAAUCUUCCGGCGUGACCAAGGGGACGUGACCGAUAUGGCAUCCAUGAAAUAUAUCAUGCGAUACAACAAUUAUAAGAAGGACCCUUACAGUAAGGGCGAUCCCUGCAAUACCAUCUGCUGUCGUGAAGACCUGAACUCACUUAACCCAAGUCCUGGAGGUUGCUACGACACGAAGGUGGCAGAUAUCUACCUCGCAUCAGAGUACACAGCCUAUGCCAUUAGUGGUCCCACAGUACAAGGUGGUCUCCCUAUUUUUCACUGGAACCGUUUCAACAAAACUCUCCACAAGGGCAUGCCAGAGACCUAUGACUUUGAUUUUAUUACCAUGAAACCAAUUUUGAAACGUGACAAAAAAUGAAGGAGGGAGUUGAGGGAAUAGAAGGGAAUAGAAGGUUGCAAAUAAGAUUCCAAAGGCACUAUUUUAGCUAUGUUUUUCCAUUCAGAAUUAAUAAAAUAUUAAUAAAAAUUCAGUCCGUCACUUUCA